AGAUUCCGCACUUUACGGCUCAAGCAGAAGUGGGAGAAGGCGCAGGCGAGCAGACACGUGGGUGGGCCGGAAGGCAGUGUAGUCUAGUAGCCAUGGCUAUCAGCAACAAGAAGCUUCAGAAAAUCAUGACUCUUCCCAUCAACCAGAUCUUCAGAUAUUUGCAGAACAGGUCUCGUGUUCAGGUGUGGCUCCAUGAGCAAGCGGACCUGCGAAUUGAGGGCAGGAUUCUGGGCUUCGAUGAGUACAUGAAUCUAGUGAUUGAUGAUGCGGAGGAAAUCAUGGUGAAGAAGAAGACUCGCCGUGCGAUCGGCCGGAUCCUGUUGAAAGGAGACAACAUAUGUCUGAUGAUGAACACAGGUGCUUAGAUUGUGAAGGCAUCGGGAGAGCUAGGCGCUCUGAAGCCUUCUUCAUUUUGCGCGGCACCAGCUUCCGUGCGGUGAUUUUGCAGAUAUGGAGAUCCAAAUCAAUGCGCUGUGGAGAGGAUAAA